CGACUUAUUCCUCACAGAGAACGUGGAUCUUCUGGAGACGGCACAGGUACUGAGUGAGAUUGCAGGCCUCCCCCUGACGGAGAGAGAGCGGGCAGAAGCUGAGGAGCAGGCUGAGCCCCUGGCCGAGAGGCGUGAGCGGCACCUCUUGGUCUUGUCGACUGUGGCCCGGGAGAGCCUGGAGCUUCAGGUGCCCCAGGAUGUGAUGCUGGAGCUACCCAAUGGCAUCAAGAUGUACGGAAAGGACCUCGCUGCGAUCACUGAACUGUUACACCCGACCCAGGUGCUGCUGCAGACAGGACCUCGGAAGUUCACCUUAGCUACAGCUGACACUGUAAUCUCAGCUGGCUCUUUACUCUUCACUGUAUCCCAGGAGACAAGCCAAGAGGAACCAUCAGCAAAGCCGCAAGAUCCAGAAGUGGAAACAGAAGGGAAAUUGUACAAGUGCUAUCUCUGUAGUUUGACCUUUAAUCGCCGUGGCAACUAUGUCCGACAUAAGAAAGUCCACAUGGUUAACACAGAGGAAGAUGCCAGGUACAAGUGCCCACACUGUGACCGCCAGUUCAUUCAGCAUUGUGACCUGAGGAGACACGUUCACAUUCACACAGGAACGCAGCCCCACAAGUGUGACGUGUGCAGGAAAGGCUUUCUCAGAGCCAGCGAUCUGGUGGUCCACAAGAGAUUUCACACCAAAGAUCGCCCGUUCCAGUGCAGCCAGUGCCAGAAAUCCUUCUUCCAAUCUGGUGACUUGCGCCGUCACAUGAGAAACAUCCACAUGACCAAUGCCCGAAUGCUGAGCUGUGGUCAUUGCAGGAAGAAGUAUACCAAGGAAGCAACACUCCUACAUCACAUUCAGACCGUACAUCAGGAUGUGCUGCUACAGACUCUGCAACAACAGGGCCAACACAGCAGUGAGGUGAAUCCAUCAGGGAUUGGGAAGACGGCUGACACUGGAAGUCCCCUUCACACGUAUGGGCCUGAGAGUGUGAAGGCAAGCUCUACCAGUUCAGCAUUACCAGGCGAGGCUGAAAGGAAUGAAGAGACCUCAGUGGCAGAGGUAACUGUUACAGAAUGUGACACGGAGACAGGUCAGCUCCUGGUACCCACAGUCACAGACAGCACAACGGAGCAAACUGGGACUUUUCUUGGCUGCAGUGGGACAGUGUCAAACCUUGUAAUGAUAGACAUGGAAAUCACAGGAACCACUGAAGAGACAGCACGUCUCCCAGGCAGGGGAAGUGAAGCGGAUUCUCCAGCAGUAAAAUGACACAUCCACCUGAACGACUUGUCCUUUGCUGAAUGUUGCGCCCUGUGGUGUAUCUGCCCUUACAUCCACAUGUAAAUAUCACCACAAUCAAAAUGUAUUUCAACAUCAAACCAAAAAUAUGUUCAUACCUUCAACCGCUGUAAAGAACAUAAAAAGGUUUUAUAUUUUAACAAAGAAAGCCUAUCCCUUGAGAAUUCAGCCAUUAGGAGCAACUGAACUUAAGCAGCCCAUCAAAUAGUUUAUGCUGUACCACACUGCGAGCUCUUCCUGACAUUUGUUUAAAUUUAAUUUAAAUUUCAAAAACCUGCAAUUCUGUUUCUCUCACUUUAUAGUAGUAAUUGUUUAAAAUCAACCUUAUAUGCAACGUUUUAACUGCUGAGUCAGAUCUCCCCUUCAGCAGUCAAGUUAUGGACGAAAGCUUUCCUGAAUUUACUUAAUAUUUUUCUGCAUUUAUUAAGAAUGAACUUGCACUAUUCACAACCUCAAGACCCUUCAUAAUCAAUAACUUUCAAUGUGGUCAUAUUGGAAUCGCAGCAACCAGUUUGAAAUAGCAAAUUCUCUCCAAUAGUGAUGAAACAAUGACCAUGGAAUCGAUUUUAGUCAUACUUGAUAAGUAAUCGGCAGGCAUUGGGGUACUAUUACCUGUGAUAAUGUGCCUACCACUGGACCAGGAGACCUGCGUUCAAGACCCACCUACUUUAAAAGUGUGUAAUAGCAUCUCUGAACUGUUUGAUUAGAAAAUACCUUCACCUGCUAAUCUUUGAAAUAGUACUGUGGGGAUUUUUAUGUCCACAGAAGGGAAAUGGGGCCCAUGACAGCACAUGAAAGACAACAGUAUGAAAGUACUUCAUUUCAAUUCAACUCUGGAUUGAUUAUGUGCUCAAGUCUCUGAAGUGACCUGAGUGCUCAUGCAAUGUGAGACAGAGAGAAGAAUCUAUACUUACUGAACCACAGGUGACACUGCACUUUGAAAUAAAGGCUUGACUUGAGAUAGAAAAUAAGAACAUGAAAAUCACUCUGGUGGGUUUACUUGCUGCUGUGAACAAGUGCUGGUCCUCCAUCCACUGCAGAAUGAGAAGGAUAAUCACACAUUUUAGAGCAGAAAAGAUUUCAAAGUCUGAAGGUGCCAGCACUGUUGUGCAAAAAGUAAUAACAUAAAAACCAUGGUCCCUGCCAGUAAAUGCCAAAAACCCAGAGGACUUUGAGCAGUGAGGUGCUGUUUUGGGUCUAGGUGUACUGCAAAGACAUGAGUACAAAUUAGAGCAUUUUUAUUAAGCAGCUUUCAACUGCUGUAUGGGAUGUACAUGAUAAAUCCUGACAGUUCACAUAAAACUGACUUUUCUGGUGUAUCGUUCCUCUACAAGCACUCAGUGUAGGAGUAUAUAGGGUUUUGUGGUAAUACGUCUAAGUCAUUCCUUUUGUUAUAUUAAAUGGUCAUAUCGUCAAUGUCACAUCAACUCGUGAGGUGAAACAUGGCAAUUGCAGACUGUAGGCAAGUUAGCCUAUUGUGGCAGCCUCAAUAAUUUGUUACCUGGGCAGAUGACUGAUGGAAGGAAUGAUCCCUCUCAUAAUACCUGGGCUCAUACAGCUGAGCAGGCAGAUGGAGGUCUUGUUCUAACAACAUUAUCAAUUUUUGAAGAACCACCACUGCUAGGUGUACAGGUCUCAAAACUAAAGCAAUGAAGACACGAAAUACGAGGUGUGGCAGAAGUCCAAAAGGUGUUGACUGCCCUUCAGCCAUUUGCAUUCUGUGCGCAAAUCUCAAAUCCCAAUGAAGCAUUCUUAUGAAACCAUUGAAGCUGUAGGCUAAGCUACAAAACUGUUGAAAGGUCAUCAACGUUCAUUUCUCCAUCCAAAAGUUGGCCAGUGUAUUCCUAGCAUUUUGUGGGUUUUUAAAAAUUUUUAUUGAA